AUGAAGCUUACACAUUCUUUGUUUCUUGUGACUUUGGCUCUGCUCAUUGCCACCACUUUGUCAUCAGAUCCUGACUCUCUUCAAGACCUCUGUGUCGCAGACCUCUCCUCAGGUGUGACAGUGAACGGAUUCACCUGCAAAGAGGCAUCCAAGGUGAAUGUCUCUGAUUUCUCCUCCAACAUACUAGCCAAACCAGGGUCCACCAACAACACAUAUGGCUCCGUCGUGACUGGAGCCAAUGUUCAGAAAGUCCCGGGACUCAACACUCUCGGUGUGUCUCUGUCAAGGAUCGACUAUGCACCAGGCGGCCUCAACCCACCUCACACUCAUCCACGCGCCACUGAGGUAGUGUUUGUGCUUGAAGGGCAGCUUGAUGUUGGGUUCAUAACUACAGCUAAUGUUCUCAUAUCAAAGACCAUUAACAAGGGUGAGAUAUUUGUGUUCCCAAAAGGUUUGGUUCACUUCCAAAAGAACAAUGCCAAUGUACCUGCUGCUGUUCUUUCUGCCUUCAACAGCCAACUUCCUGGAACACAGUCCAUUGCUGUUACAUUGUUUGCAGCUACACCUGCUGUUCCGGAUAAUGUGUUGACAAAGACAUUUCAAGUGGGUACCAAAGAAGUUGAGAAAAUAAAGUCUAGGCUUGUACCCAAGAAGUAA